UCUGUUUGCUGCAAGAGGUAAACAAAGUGAGACUGACUCUCAGUGCUGCCUGCUCACUCUCAGCCUCUUCUCUAAAUAUCACCUGCAUUACUUUUUCUCUUAAUUAACCAACUCCUUACAUGUAAAAAAAAAAAAAAUAUUUAUAUAUAUAUAUAUUAUAUUUCUUCUCUGGAGAUCAGCUGCUAAUACUUUCGCUUUUGGCAACAUAACCCCCUCCCUGAACUAAAUCUCUUCAAGGGCCUUGCAUAUCUGAAAAACUUAUACCACCCUUUUAAAGUCCUUUUUUUUUUCCCCACCGUUUUUCCUUCAUUCAAAUCAAGAAUUUUAUUCCGUAUCAUAAACAGCUUUUUUAUUUCUAAUUUUUUUUUUUUUUUUUUUUAAAGAAAAAUCAAGCAACAAAAUAAAAUUAGUGCAUUUUGUUCGUUUUUUUUUUUGGUUUGAAAUAUAAAAAUAUUUUGGGGCGAAUAUGGACUGCGUGCAAAUGUUGAAUAUCCAGAGGCUUUUAGAAGCGGCUGAAUUUUUGGAAAGGCGAGACCGAGAAUGCGAACACGGAUAUGCUUCUACAUUCCCGGCCCCUGAGAGCUGCGAUCUACUUGGGCUAAAAUCCCGAAGGAUAAAAUCUAAACGAUGUAGCAACAGUCUUGGAAAUAACGCCAACAGAUCAACACACAACGAGCUGGAGAAGAACCGGAGAGCUCACCUUCGACUUUGCUUGGAACGUUUAAAAGACCUUAUACCUUUGGAAUCUGACAGCACACGCCAUACUACCUUAGGGCUUCUUAACAAGGCAAAGAUGCACAUCAAGAAACUUGAAGACUCGUCGCGAAAGGGACAACACCAGCUUGAUAUGCUAGAAAGAGAACAGAGGUUCCUAAAGAGAAGGCUCGAGCAGCUCCAAGGGUGCCCGGAAUCAGAGAGAACACGAGUAGAUAGCAUUGGGUCAAGCCAUUCCUCUGACCGAUCUGACUCAGAACAAGAGGAGAUUGAGGUGGACGUUGAAAGCACAGAAUUCUCCACGUUGGAAGUGGACAGCAACAGCAGUACCAGUAUCAGCGACUUAGAUGACCAUAGCAGCAUGCAGAGUUUGGGCAGCGAUGAAGGAUACUCCAGUGCUAGCAUUAAGCUUGCCUUCAAGUCGUAGGACAAUCCAUGACCAUUCUACAAAUACAAGAAGUAAAGGCUGUGGGUUUUGUUGUUCGACAACUCUGGGGCCAUACUUAACAGCUAUUUUGGAGUUGAACCAGCUGACCACAACCAGCACUUGAUUAUCACUGGGGAUUUUAUUCUGCUUGGUGGACCAAAAACGGCUUGUGUCUUUGUCUGAAAUCCAAAUUCGCAGGUUGCUCCAUGAAGAGCACACGGAAAUCUUAAAUUUUUAGAUGUUCUCAUAAGCUUCUAUUAACUGGCAACAUUCAGCACAAUGUAAGUAUUUGUUGCAGAGCUGAACUUUUGACAAUAAGAGACUUUUUGCCUGCCAUUGCCUUCUCUCGUUAAGCAGCCAACGCUUGAUUAUGGCAGACACUCAUGAUUGCAAUUUCAGCUUUAUCAGCAUGUGUGAAGGAAUUUUUGUACCUUUAAAGCACUCUUCAUUUAAAUAGAUCACUUCUGUGAUGCAAUUGUAAGAAUGAUACAUCAUAUCUUUGGACACAGUACUUUUAUGAGCCAGCUUUUAUUUUUGUGUGUGUGUAUGCGGUCAUCAUGAUGAAAUCCAAUCCAGUAUGUGAGGUCACAAACAAGCACUAUGUGAAUACACCUUGACUAUUUAAUUUACAUGGCUCAUAUCCACUGGGUGAAUUUGAAGAUGUGUGAUCUUUAACUUAACAUCGUCUAGGGACUUCAGGACAAUCGGCCGUUUCCCACUGUGGUCAACACGGCGACGUAUAAUAGGAUUUCAUCGUUUUUUUUUUUCUUUUUCUACCAUUCAGAAUGACCCCGUAAUGGUCAACCUGUAGGAUUUCCACAGUUUUUCAGCAAACACUCAUUCUCAACCAAACCGAGCUCAGAAAUUAUCUAUAAAUGUGGCCUGUUAUCUUCACAUCUGCAGGCCAUGCUUAGCACUCCUGUAUAGUUUGCAGGUAAAAUAUACAUGUCAUUUAAAAAAAAAAAAUGAAUAGAAAGAUUUCUUAGAUCUAGUCCUAACAAUAUUUAACUUAAUUUAACAGUUUUUAAUGAAAUACACUAUGGCGAUUAAAAAUCUCAGAACUGUGUCCCUGUUCCAAGGGACAUCAGACUCUGAGAAAAAAAAAAAAAAAAAAAGAAGACCCAAUACAUAAAAUUUAAUUAUCCCAUGGAUUAGUAAGUUUUGUUGUUUUUGUUUUAUGUUGAGCGACUUUUUUUUUUAACAUAUUGAAAACUAAAAUUUUUCAGCAUUAAGUUGUCAAAGGCACAGAGUGGGCAAUUCAUGAAAAAUUAGCAAUUUACAUUUUCCCCCAUGAUCCUCUUGUGCACGGGAAAUUGACGUUUAGAAAAAUAGAAAGCAACAGCUGGCAAGUGCUUACAAAACAAAAAUUUCUCGUGAAUUAGAGAAUCAUGAAGAAGAAGGGGGAAAAAAAGUAAUUUGCAUUUUGCAAUUUGUAUCAAAAGGAUACUUCUUUUGUCCGAGUCCCUUAAAAUAAUUUAAAAUAGCUUUGAUAUUUAUGUUCGUAUUAUCUUUAUAUUCAUCAGAUCAUCUUUCACACAGAACCAUUUUGUGUUCCCUUUAAAAACCUCUUGCACAAUCUUUGCAGAAUUUUAAAUAUUUAUUUCUUGACUUAAUUUAAAAAUACAUCUUAUUAACCUUCUAAUAACUAUACCGGUUGUGGCAAACCCUGGCAUGCCUCUGGUUUGUGAAAUACAUUAAGCCAGUUUUAAGGCUGUGGAAGAAUCAUGUGAAAUAUAGCUAAAACCAACUUGGGUGCCACGGUUUACCAUCACUUGUUAUUUUGCUAAAAUGCAAAAACCAUUAUUUAAUCAGAUUGUCAUUAACAUAGAAAAUGUGAUUUCACCACCACCACCACCACUACAUUUUUCCACUCCAGAAAAAAAAAAAUGCUUAUAAACCUCACAGUAUUGCAGUCAGGAUCUCAUGAUGUCCAUACAGUUUGAUCGAUAACAAAAUAUAAGAUCGUAAUAGAAUGUUUAGGUUUUUUGGAAUUCUUAUCACAUUUAAAAGUACGUUUUUUUCCAAAGUAUUUUCACACACGGGCAUAAUCGCUGUGUGUGAAGGUGAAUCGAAUAUGUGGGGGUGUCUUUUAGACAAAUAAUUGUUCAACUUUGUAAGUUGUUUCUCCGUCUUACUAUUCGGGAAAUUAUACCAGCCUUUAUUUUAGUAUUGAUGCUCUGGCAUUGAAAGAACUGAAUACAUUUUAGGUAUUGCUUUUGUUUCCCUGCGCUCAGCUCAAUAUAUUAGACACAAGGUGACUAUUCAAGAAUUCAAAGUGAAUUUUAAAUUUUAGGUCGAAUUAACCAAAUUGGAA